AGAAUCCAUUGUCCCGAUUUAUUUAUUUAUUUUGUAAGAUUGAUUGCCUUAGCUUUAAAAUUGCAUUACCAAUUGAAUACUUUGCAAAUGCAAUUAUAGCAUGACGAUUCUCUCAUAAUCAAAUCAUCAAAUUUCUUACCAGAUUUGCAUCCAAGUAAAUAAUAAAUUCAAUUUCUCUGACUUAUAAGUAGCAAAAUUUUCGCCAUAAUAAUUGGAAUCAGAUUAAUAAACUUACAAAUGUGAAAAUCUCCUCACAUUGAUUAGUUAUUAAAUGUUUAGUUUGACACAAUCUACACUACAAUAUAUAACAGAACCAUUAGGCCAAUAUUCAUUCAUUCAAAAACUGUGUUCACCAAUGGAGUUGUAUCACGCAUCAACGUGCCAUUUUCUAGAGAAAUUGAUGGUCCUUUUGACAUGGGGAAUACUUUGUCUUAGAGCAGCGGAAUGUAUUGAGUAUGAAGCUUUUAGUUGUCGAAAGCACACAGCAUUUUUGACAGAUUUUGGAGGCAAAGGAGACGGGAAAACGUCAAACACCGAGGCAUUUCGAAAAGCCAUAAGUGAAUUGAGCAAAUUUGGAACAGAUGGGGGAGCACAGCUCAUUGUUCCUCCUGGAAAAUGGCUAACAGGGCCAUUCAAUCUCACUAGUAACUUCACUCUUUAUAUACACCAGGAUGCUUUCAUUCUAGCUUCUCAGGAUGAGGCAGAGUGGGAUUUAGUUCCACCAUUGCCAUCUUAUGGAGUAGGAAGAGAUACUCCAGGACCAAGGUUUAUCAGUCUCAUUUUUGGAACAAACUUGACUGAUGUAGUCAUUACAGGUGGAAAUGGCACCAUAGAUGGUCAAGGCCAACAGUGGUGGACUAAAUUUCGACAAGGUCAACUGAAAAGCACCCGACCUUACCUGAUUGAGAUCAUGUUUUCUGAUCAUGUUCAGAUUUCCAAUCUUACAUUGAUCAAUUCUCCUUCAUGGAAUGUCCAUCCUGUUUACAGCAGUUUUGUGGUAAUUAAGGGAUUAACAAUCCUAGCACCAAUUGAUUCACCAAACACAGAUGGAAUCGACCCAGAUUCUUGUUCCAACACAAGAAUUGAAGAUUGCUUCAUAGUCUCAGGGGAUGAUUGCAUAGCAGUGAAAAGUGGUUGGGAUGAAUAUGGAAUAUCAUUUGGAAUGCCUACAAAGCACCUAAUCAUAAGAAACCUCACCUGCAUAUCUCCUGAUAGUGCAGUCAUUGCUCUCGGAAGCGAAAUGUCCGGUGGCAUUCAAGAUGUUAGAGCUGAAAACAUUGCAGCAAUUAGUUCUGAAUCAGGACUGAGGAUCAAAACUGCUGUAGGAAGAGGGGCAUACGUUAAAGACGUGUUUGUGAGAGGAAUGACAUUGCAGACAAUGAAAUAUACCUUUUGGAUGACGGGCGAUUAUGGGUCUCAUCCUGACGAUCAUUAUGAUCCGAAAGCACUUCCUGUCAUUCAAGGAAUCAAUUUAAAAGACGUUGUAGCUAAGAAUGUUACAAUAGCAGGGAAAUUAGUGGGGAUAGAUGGUGAUACCUUCAAUGGAAUUUGCAUAUCAAAUGUGGCCAUCGAGUUGUCAGAACAUGCUAAGAAACUACAAUGGAACUGCAGUAAUAUACAAGGUGUUUCUAGCAAAGUCAGUCCUCAGCCGUGUGCUCUGUUGCCUGAUAAGAAAAUUGAUUGUCCUUUCCCCACUGAUACUUUACCUGUUGAUAAGAUUCAGUUCCAGACUUGUGCUGCAGCUGCUAUGCAUUAAGUAAAAGAUAGAAAUACCCAGCUAGCCCCUUGUUAUGCUUUAAUUUUUUGGAACCAUUUUGAUUAUUAAUUAAGCAACAUUUGCUCCAGUUCAUGGUUUCCAGUCUUCUAGUAAACUCAAUUUAUGCAAGUUCCUGUCAAUGCUUCACUCUUGGACUUGGACAAUAUGUACCUAAGGAUACA